AAAUGAAUACAGCCAGUAUGUCACAGAACGUUCAUCUCGAUUAUUGGAAGUUGUGGAGGAUGCAAGGCGGAAGGAAGCUGAACAAGCAGAUAUAAGGCGAGCACUUGUAAACCAGUUGCACAAUGCCAAGGAAAUUUAUGUUACAAAACUAACACAGAUGCAACAGUUGCUUGGAGAGUUUGAGGGCAGUGAAACUCUAGACUCUCAAACUGAGACUAUGUUAAACCACACUGUGACCCAUGUGGAGGAUGUUCUACAUAGUGCCAUUCAGAAUGUUGCAACACAAACUCAACUUAAUGAAGCUCAAAAUUCUCUUCAGCAGAAACUCCGCUAUGUAGAUACGAUUACUCAAACUCUUUAUACAAAAAAAGAUGAAAAGGCGAAGUUAGAAGCUGAGAGAAUAAGUCGAGAAGCUGAAGAAGCAAAAUUGAAAGCUGCUGCACAGAUAGAAAUGGAAAAGCAAGAAGCUGCAAGAAAAGAGGAGCAAAGAUUAAUGAAUGAGCAAAGACAGGAGGAAAGUUAUGAAACAAUUACAGUACAGCUUGGGAAAAAGAGGAUGGCAGAGUUGGAGAUAAAAUUGGAACAAUUUUUGAAAUCUAAUGAGAAAGUGACUUCAUCCUACCCUGGUAGGGCGUAUGGAGAUACAGCGUGCAUUGGGCAUCAUCAACCAACUUAAUCUAACUGAUAACAGAGUCAACAGGGAGAAGUUACAAAAGAUAUUAGGCUUUUUAAAUGGUAGAGAAAUUGAACCAGGUAAAGGUUCAACAGACAAUAAUCCAAUUUUAAUUGCUUAUGCAAAGAAUCUGUCAAUGUCCAAUAUAGUGAAGUUAGGUCAUGAUAAACAAGAGGCUGGUGUUGCAGCGUACUCGUGGUUAUUGGUGAACAUUGUGACAGUUUUUCCAGAAAUGUGGGAUCUUUUCUUGUAUAAUAUUUUCACUGCAUGUCCAUAUUUGAUACCCAUGUACCCAUAUAAAGAAGAUGGACAAAGUGAAGAAGACCACUACAAAGCAAUAGGCAGGAAAAACAAUGAAAAAAUUGAUUUAUACAUUAUCGUAUGGGCAACUGGCGCUUAGAAUGUAUGGACUAGUUUUGGCCAUGAUAAAUAAGAAGGAUAAGAUUCCUGUAAAAGCUCCAGUGGUUGGGUGGGAGCUCUUAGCAAGACUUCCUUCUUUUCCACCUGUUUCUGGUAUUACUGCAGAACUUCUAAAAAACUUUAUAAUAUCUGCUGGCUCCAUCCUUCAGCAGGCUUAUGGUAAUCAGUUUAUUAAAAUAAUGAAUUACUUAAAUAAUGUAUAUCUGCCUAAGAUUGUGGAGAGUACAGUGGGUGGAGGAGCACAGGCUCAGAAUGCGCUGGAGAAUUUAAUGAGAAACUUUAAUGUCUCUCUCAACAUUCCGGAGGAUCUACUAGUUAACAAAUAUAAUUAGUCGUAUAACAAUGGCCUAGUGUGCAGUCCUGAGAGGUGACCAAUGUACUUUGGCGUGGUAGAAACAUUACUCUUGUAGGUAUUUAAUUACUUUUUAUAGUUCUAUUUACAUUAGAUGCUUUUAACACUAUGUGACAUAUUUGGAUACACACAUACUUAGUAUAAAACAUUGAAUGAUGCAGAUAACUUGUGUGAAACAAAUGACGUAUAAUGAAAAUUUCUUUCCAUAUUUGUUACUGACGUACAGUAGAGUCGGGAUAUAUCGGGAGAUAGGGUCCAAGGAUGUUCGCUUUAUACUAAAUCAUGAUAUAUAAUUACAUGUAAUCAAUGGGGAAAAUUGGGUUAGGUUCUGGAGGCAAAUAAAAGUAACUAAACUUGG